GGGCUUGUGUUUAACAGAUGUUUCUUUUCGUAGGUUCCCUCCCUCGGUGCGAGCUGUCGACAGAGGACUUCGACAUUAUUUGCGUUAUUUAUCAACUGCCUCAGAAGAAAAGAUCAUAUCACAGGCUCAUUCGGAAAAACAUACACUUCAUCACUCACGAAUUAAUGGCGUCCCAAGAUAACUUCAAGAAGAAGCUGCCAGUACGCCCUGACUUCAAAACAAUUCAGAAAAUGAUGGCCGAAGCAAGGGCGCUGAAGGCCUCCUCCUCUUCAUAUAAAAAGCAAAUGGAGGAGCUGGUGGAGGCCAGUAAGAGACUUCAGCCUCCGACGGAGGAGGAGGUUCAGGAAGAUCCAGAGGCCGACCUUCAAAGGAAGGGCAAGAAAAGUACUGUACCUCCCAAACGCCCAACUGUGGCGAGGCCACCCCCAGUUAUGCGGCAGACAACUAUUCCCACGGGGGUGGCCCUCCCAGAGAGAAAUCCCACUGCUACGGAGCCUGUCGCUGCCCCGGACGCGGCGCCCCUCGCGGCUGUACCUAUUGAACAUGUUCCGGGGCAGCAGAGGAGAAAAAGGGCUCGCUCCAGCAAAGAGGUUGACUUCCUCGGCACCAGUUCCGAAGAGCCGGUAAGGGAGGUGCUGGAGGCUCUCCCUCCAGAAACAGCUGCGGUGGCGGUGGUCCACAGCAAGUAUUGGACUGAAGAGUGGAGGGAACACACCGCCUCCUGUACUGCUGAAGACUUGGUGGCGGCGAACAGCGCCUGCGUGGCCCGAGCACUAAGUACGAGUAUCCAACUCGAGGGCUUGGUGAAGGAUCUAAACUCCAAGAGGGAGGACCUCGCUAAGCGCCUCGAGGAGGCAAUGCAUUACGGGGACGCUGUGCGAGCUGCCCAGGCCAAAGCUGCCAAGGCAGAGGAGGAAAAGAGAGCUGCUGAGGUCCAGCUCGCUGCUUCGCAGGCGGAGGUGGAGCGGCUGAAAAAGGAGCUCUAUGAGGUGGAGUGCCAGGUGGCUGUGUCCUUCCGGAUGGUGCUGCCUCAGUGGGUGCGCUAUCAUAUGCCAAUACCGGCACUGCGUUCAACGUGGCGGAAGCUAGGGCCUGGCCGGAUGUGGGAGCUAUGGUAUGCCCUGCUUGGGUCCAUUGCUGAGUAA